AUGUCCUUUGUUUCUUCUCCGUACAGCCGCAACGUCUACGUUGCGUCUCUCUCUAUCGACUACACCGACGACCAGCUGCGCGUGCUCUUCGAACCCUUUGGGAAGAUCAUUUCGUGCGCCGUUAAGCGCGAUCGUGCAACCGGACUCUGCAAGGGCUACGGCUUCGUCCUCUUUGAGCGCGACGAGGACGCGUGCAACGCCGUGAUCGGUCUGCAGGGGCACUCCAUCUGCUUCACCCGCAUCCAGGUCCGCCUCGCGCGCCCAGAGGCCUCGGCGAAGAAGGUGAUGCCCGUCGUCGCGCAGCAGCAGGCCCUCCAGCAAGCCGUCCAGCAGGCCUUCCAGCCAUACUACUUCAUGAUGAUGCAGUCGAUGCCUACACAGACCUCCGUCAUCAGCCAGUAG